UGCCUUACCCUCUUCAGCAUUCGCGCUUGGGCACCUGAAUAAGUCUAUCUCUCAGACUCAAGACUUGACAGCCAUGACUAUGUUGUUGUCCACAAUCAUUGUUCCUUCCACCAAGCUCAUCAUCUUCAACAACAACAACACGCAAGAGCGUGCACUUCCAACUUUUCGUCAUUUCUCAGAUUCCAGCAAACGCUUCGAGAAAGUGUCGUCCUUUAUUGCUUUUGCGGUGAACGGUGGCUCCGCUCAUGUUAAAGCUACGCAUAGGAGAGAUGGUAGUAGAAACCCGCUUAUGAGUGAGGGGAGAGAUGAAGAUGAAGCUAGAGGACCCAUUUGCCCUGGUUGUGGAGUCUUCAUGCAAGAUAAGGACCCUAAUUUUCUCGGGUAUUACCAACCAAGGAAGAUGAAAAUGGAAGAGUUUUCAGAAGAGGAGGAUGAUGAUGUGGGGUUUUUGAAUGGAAGUGAAAGUGAGCUUGGAGAAGAAAGUGAAGGGUUAAUAGAUGAGUUAGAUUGGGAUUCUGAUGAUUUGGAAGAUGAGUUAUUGGGUGAAGAUGAUAAUGAGAAGUUGGAAUUGGAUGGGUUUACACCUGCUGGAGUUGGGUAUGGUAACAUAACUGAGGAGUAUUUGGAGAGGGUGAAGAAGAAGAAGGUUUCCAAAGCUGAGAAGAAGAGGAUGGCUAAGGAGGCUGACAAGGAGAAAGAGGAGGCCACCGUGUGUGCCCGGUGCCAUUCCUUGAGAAACUAUGGCCAGGUGAAGAACCAGACGGUGGAGAAUCUCAUACCUGAUUUUGAUUUCGAUAGGUUGAUUUCGACGCGGCUGAUGAACCCUUCUGGGAGUGGCAGUGCUACUGUUGUUGUCAUGGUUGUGGACUGUGUUGAUUUCGAUGGUUCAUUCCCUAGAACUGCGGUGAAGUCGUUGUUCCAGGCGUUGGAAAGAAUUCAGGAUAACUCGAAGAGGUCCAAGAAGCUGCCAAAACUUGUUCUUGUGGCCACAAAGGUUGAUCUCCUUCCGUCGCAGGUUUCUCCUGCAAGGUUGGAUAGAUGGGUUAGAAACCGUGCAAGAUCCGGAGGAGCGCCUAAGUUAAACGGGGUUUAUAUGGUCAGUUCGAAGAAGGAUUUAGGUGUGAGGAAUUUGUUGUCAUUUGUGAAGGAUUUGGCUGGUCCUCGUGGGAAUGUGUGGGUGAUUGGAGCUCAAAAUGCAGGGAAGUCUACUCUGAUCAAUGCGUUUGCAAAGAAACAAGGAGCUAAAGUUACGAAGCUCACGGAAGCUCCAAUUCCUGGCACAACGCUUGGGAUCUUGAGAAUUGCAGGAGUUUUGCCAGCUAAGACUAAGAUGUUUGACACUCCAGGGCUCUUGCACCCAUAUUUAAUGUCAAUGAGAUUGAACCGGGAUGAGCAAAAGAUGGUUGAGAUACGGAAGGAACUUCGGCCUCGGACAUACAGAAUUAAGGUAGGGCAGGCUAUACACAUUGGUGGCUUGACAAGACUUGACCUUGUUGAAGCCUCUGUUGAAACAAUAUAUGCCACAGUUUGGGCAUCACUAAAUGUUUCUCUUCACAUGGGGAAAAUAGAAAAUGCUGACGAGGUUUGGAGAAAUCAUGUUGGUAUCAGACUGCAGCCUCCCACUGGUAACGACCGUGCCGCCGAACUAGGAACAUGGCAGGAAAGGGAAGUCAAAGUGUCUGGAACCAGUUGGGAUGUCAACACCAUUGACAUAGCAAUAGCGGGUUUAGGUUGGUUCUCAUUGUGUCUCAAAGGUGAAGCAACCACAAAACUGUGGGUCUUCCAUGGAGUAGAAGUAACCUUGAGAGAACCUUUGGUGCUUGACCGGGCGCCAUCACUUGAGAAGCCAGGAUUUUGGCUACCAAAAGCAAUAUCUGAUGCUAUUGGCAACCAAACCAAACUUGAAGCUCAAAGAAGGAAACAACAACUUGAAGAUGAAGGUACGGAAUACGUGGGGGCAGGGGCAGAGUUAUCUGCAUGAAAAGAAUUUUGCCUGAUUCUUUUUAAGGAGGAUGGUAAUUGAAUUGGCGUGUUGCAAAGGCAAUAACAUGUUUUUUUGCAACUAAAGCUUCUACGCCCAUUUCUAUCUACUGGUUGGUGUGAUAUGAUAACCCCCCACCAACAAAUACACAUAAAUGCAUUGCUCGCUGAAUAGGUGACACAGUGGGUGAUUUAUGUAAUUUUGACUUUUGAGAUGAAUCGUAAGACCUGGUCUUUAAUGUACAUAAAUUGGUGAGUUAUAUUUGUGCAAAAAAAGUUCGAAUAUAAUUCAUUUAUUUGUGACCGAUUAAUUAACUACUCUUGGACUGUGUUUUGUCGUGUUC